ACGCAAGCAGCCGCGACGCCAUUUGCUGCGGCCGAGCGUGGGCGCAGGCGGAUCUCGGAAGAACUCGGUCUCUAGACUCUCCCGCGCACGCGACCGGGUCUCCAGCCCCUGCUUGGUGCUGCGCUGUCUCACGCGCAGUCCCUCGGAGGAGUCGCCGCCGCUGCCGCCACCCGAAUAGGAGUCGGAGACGCCGCGAGGCCGCCGUUACCACCAUGCCCAAGAAUAAAGGUAAAGGAGGUAAAAACAGACGCAGAGGUAAGAACGAGAAUGAAUCUGAAAAAAGAGAGCUGGUGUUCAAAGAAGAUGGGCAAGAGUAUGCUCAAGUAAUCAAAAUGCUGGGAAAUGGACGAUUAGAAGCGAUGUGUUUUGAUGGUGUAAAGAGGUUAUGUCACAUCAGAGGGAAAUUGAGAAAAAAGGUUUGGAUAAAUACCUCAGACAUUAUAUUGGUUGGUCUACGAGACUACCAGGAUAAUAAAGCUGAUGUAAUUUUAAAAUACAAUGCAGAUGAGGCUCGAAGUCUGAAGGCAUAUGGCGAACUUCCAGAACAUGCUAAAAUCAAUGAAACUGAUACAUUUGGCCCUGGAGAUGAUGAUGAAAUCCAGUUUGAUGACAUUGGAGAUGAUGAUGAAGACAUUGAUGAUAUCUAAAUCGAACUCAACCAAAUUUUACAUUCCAAUUUCUCUGAGGAUAUCUGAAUAAUUUGGAUUUUGGCUGUGAUCUGUUAAAGAAGAUUAAAAUUUCAUUAGCAUGAGUGCAAUUUGUUAAAGCAAACUGAUUUGUUUCUAAGGUAUUUCUUUAAAAACUGGUAAUGCUGAGUUCUCUUAAGUGAAAUGUUAAACCCACUUUGUUCUUUUGAUGAAAUGGAGCUUAUGGGUAAAAGACCACAUCUACUAUUUUAAAAAAGAGAAAAAAAAUGCAUUACUAUUUCUCCCAUUUUGACCACUUCCACUAAGUAAAUGAAUGUUUGGAAUAAACCAUUUGCCCUACACUCAUGGAUUAUAAUUAAGCCCUAGUGUGAAUUUCUGUAUAUUCCAGUUACCUAGAUGUUCCCUUGAGAUUUUGAUACAAUUUAAGAGAGGCAGAAGUCUGCAUUGGAAGUAAAAAAUGGUCUGUUUUUCAUAUUUAAGUAACAUGUGGAUAUUUUUAUACUAAUUUUGAUAUCACGUACAUUCUUUUCAUGAUCUUAUUUUGCCACUGUAAACGUAUCAACUAAAAAAAGCGUUUCCAAAAUGCAGUUUUAUAACCUGAGUUUUAAUAGCAAUUUUGAAUUUGUAAGAUUAGUAGUUGCAGAAGUCAAACACUAGGUGGCACCCAGUAAUCUUAACGUUGGAAAUGCUGAUAUAGUUGUCUUUUUUUUUUUAACUAACUGUGCAUAGGAAAUUUCCCAAACAACAGAUUAUUUUGAUCAUAUGCAUGUAUGUAGAAUAUUUUUACAGAACAAAAAGAUUAAGUUAAAAGUGUCAUUUUAUUUUCAGAAGUCAUAUACAUGUAAGCUACAAUUUUGAGUGCUUUAUAGACACUUAAAUUAUGUGUAAAUGAAAAUUUAAUUUCAUAACAGCUUGUACAAAUUAAACCUUCUUCAAAGUAUCCCUAAGCUGGGGGAAGAGGAGGAAAUAACAACUUAAUGAAAAGAUGGUCUCCAAUUUGUGAAUGGAAGAACUGCAUACAGCAGAGAAAUAUAAUAAAGACAUAGUGAUGCUGCAGAGUAUAUUAUACCCUUACUUUGUGUUUAGGAUGUAUUUUAUCGUGUGUACAGAUUGUUUUGCUUAUAUUUUAUUGGGAAUUUAGAUUUACCCUUUCUUACUUAGUUUUUCAUUAUCAACUCUAGUAAGGUGAAAUUAGGGACUGGACUAGUUAGACCUCACUAGCCAUAUUGAAAUCAUAAAAUGUAAAAGAAGAGAUCCUUCGUGUAGUAUGUAAAGCUUUUAUUCUACUGGUCUCCAGAGAACUUUUCAGUGUUGAAAAAUAAUAAAAAGAGGAGUAAACCUUCACGUGGCUUCAGAAUAUAAGCGUAUCUUCUCUGAUCCCACGCUUAGUAUAAUUUCCUUUCCUAAAUGUGCAGACUCCUGAAUAAAAAUCUGAGGUACUAUAAAACAUUCUUAAAGACUAGAAAUUAAGAGUGGACAGUUGCAGUUCAUGUUUCUUAUUAUCUGGCGUUCCUGAACGCUUAACCUAGGUGGGGUGCAUCUGAGACCAUGGGCUGGUUUUUAAUACCUGUAAAGAACCAACCUUGAAGAAUUGAUGUAGUGAUUGUUUUCAUCAGUAAUCUAAACCACCUGAGAUAUUUAGGCUUCUGUACACUUAGGCUUCAAAAUACUUUUGCAAAAUUUGUGGUAUAUGUACAUCUUUCCUCCACAUUAUUUUACCAAGAAUGUUUUGACUGCAUCUGAUACAGUUCAUGGUAGGGAUGGUGCAACUCAGACAUUAGGUUUUCUGCUGACUUCCUCUAACAAAUAUGAUUUGUCUAAAGAUUCUUUAAGAACUGCAACUAUGACCCCAAUUUAUGUGUUUGCCAGUUUUGGGGUGGGGGGGUUGGUUUGUGUGGUUUUUUUGUUUUUUGUUUUUUGUUUUUUUCUUCCUUGCCUAGGUAGUAACAGCCCAAUCUGGUGCUGUUGUACCCUGGAAAAUCUCAAAUCAUAAUGAUUAAAGUAGUUGGAAUAAACUUACAGCUCAUAUGCAACACUACUUGGAGGAAUUAUUUUACUAACUUAUCUUUAAUGUGGAAAUUAUAUAGUUCCAUUGAUUUUAUUAUAUUUCAAAUGAAUGGAAGUGGUCCUUGAAAAAAUUUUUUGUUAUUGUUAUACUUUUUGGUUCCUAUAAUACAGUGCUAUACAGUGUGCCCUGAAAAGAAAAUAAAAUGUUUGAAAUCCAGAAA